UGCAAAGGGGAAUCCCUUUUAGUCAGCUAGUCCCAGCUGGAGAUUGACACUGUGUGGCAAUCGAGUAUUACGUUUGGCAAAGAGCAGUUGAUUUCAAAAACAAUUUGAAACGUCAUGAAUAUUCGGGGUUUGGCCAUUAGUUGUGGCGUUAUAAGUUGCAUUCUUUAUGUGAUUAUGAGUGGUUUUCUUAUAUCGGUAUUGGUGAAAAUUGUCGAAAACUUGGACCCUUUCCAAUCGAACAAAAAAUCAUUUAUAGUAGAACUUUAUUUGGUUUUCACCAGCCUAGAGCUGGUAUUCAGUUUAGCCAUGGCCUUGAUGUGUAUUGUCCUCAUAGUGGGAAUAAAAAAGAGACAUUCCGAUUUGAUGACCCCUUGGAUAUUCAUGGCAAUUAUUGGUGUUGUUACAAAUGUUGUCGAUCUGAUCAUUGACCACUCUAGGCUAUCUAUUGAGGGCAUAGUCUUUAAAGUCGUAUUCGUUGAUUUCCUUUUGCAAUCUAUUCCCAUUGUAGUUCUUAAUGCAUGCAUUUGGUAUCCCAUCUGCAAAUUGUGGAAAGAAUUGAACGAUUUACGCCACUAUCGUCAGAGGUUGAUUAGCGAUAGUCCCCUACCCACAUAUCUGAACACAUCUCUGCAAACUGCAAUGGGCGUAAAUGAAGCAACAGCUGGCACAUCAAGAGAAGCCGAAAAUCCAAGAGGAUAUUUUGCCACAUAUAUGACAAUGAGCUGAUGUGGCAACUAUGACAACUAUGACUGUUUCCAAGAGAAAUAGAUAUAGCUUAGAACUAAAGUUACACGAAAACCCUAUCGAAUUAUUUCUUAAGUAAUUUACACAACAAUAUUCAGUAUUAUGGUAACAUAUGUUUGCCUUAAAUAUACAUUUUAAACAUAAA